CUGAUCUAAGCAGAUUUAUCCCUGCAGGAACAUUCUGUAAGGACUGAUCCCCUGGCUCCAAAGGGCUACUGUCCUCAGCUUUCCUAGCUCUGAGGACAGUAGACCUGCAAAUCUUAAUUAUGUUUGGUUCCACACACAACCGUGAGCCAGCUUUCUCUACAAUUAAUAUUAUAGAAACCAAAUAUUGUUCCUGGCUCACCAAUGAGCACAUCCACACAUGCAUGAGACUGGUUCUGACAUCAUUCAAGCACAGGUUAAAAUUAUGGCAUGACAAGCACGUGCUCACUUCUGUUACUGAAAGCAAAAGUCAUAAGUGAUCUAAGUCUAAAAAUGUUCAGUUAUUAAAUCUGUUCAUUUUUAAAUAGUUUAAGUCCAGCUGGUAAACAAAAAACAUAAAUCAAGCUUUCUUCAAUUUGUUUUUUUCUGAGGUCAGUCAUUUGUGAACAUGCAGUUUUCUUGUUUUACUUAGGUUCUUCUUUUGACUUGACAUCCUACUUUUACUCAGUGAAUGAGAGAACAUCAAAAAUCAUAAAUCAAACAUACAUGUUCAGCUCCCUGUUUCAUGACAAUAAAUAUUGUCAAAAAGUACUUGAAUAAGACUGAAUUCAUUUAAUUUGAAAAGCAAAUCAAGGCAUGCAGAUGCUGAAACAACUACCUUGCUACUAAGAUUUAAGUAAUAAAUAUAUAUAUAUAUUAUUUUUCUUCAUAUACUAUAUAACUUUGGUCACUAUGGAAAUAACACCUGUAAUAAUUUUGGAAAUCACUAUCAUGAAGGUCCCAGGUAGUGGAUAAAUAAUUAAUCUAUCACAAAACCUAGUGAAUGAUUUGUUCAUCAAAGAUCACCAAAUUGGAGAAAGGAAAAGGGGUGGAGCCUUAACCCCUCCCCACCUGCCAUUUUCCUCCCAAGACUGAUGUUGUGCUCUCUGCGAGGAAUGUACAAUUAUACUGCACUGCAACUCGGAUGGAUGUGGAGAAGUAUGUAGAUGCACACAACAAUGAGGCCACAGAGAUUAAGAAUAAAUCCAAAGGAUGAAGCAGCUCAUUUUGUGAGUCUGAGUCAGGACAAAGAUGGUUUUUCUGUACAAUACAUAAACUCUUUUAAGGGUCGAGGAGUAUUUAGUACAUGCCACUUUCAGACAGGAGCUUUCUUAUUGGAAUAUCGAGGCGAUGUCAUAAACAGCAAAGAGUAUGAAAAUCGGGUAAAAAUCUAUCAUGAUGCCAUGAAGGUCUUCAUGUUUGAGUUUCGUCAUAAUGGGAAAAAGUUGUGUGUUGAUGCAGCGAGAGAGGAUGGGUCUUUGGGAAGACUGGUUAAUGACGACCAUUUGAUCCCUAACAGCAAAAUGAAGACAAUAACAGUGAAUGGAAAACCUCAUCUCUGUCUCUUUGCAAUUAAGGACAUAAAUCCAGGGGAAGAGAUUACCUAUAACUAUGGAAACGCUGAAUGGCCAUGGAGAGUGAAGGUUUCUGCUCACCCUGACAAAACUGUAGGUGAGGAACCGAUGGGAUCACUAUCCUCAUCUCUUGAACCACAGGUUUCUGCUCACCCUGACAAAACUGUAGGUGAAGAACCGAUGGGAUCACUAUCCUCGUCUCUUGAACCACAGGUUUCUGCUCACCCUGACAAAACUGUAGGUGAAGAACCGAUGGGAUCACUAUCCUCGUCUCUUGAACCACAGGUUUCUGCUCACCCUGACAACACUGUAGGUGAGGAACCAAUGGGAUCACUAUGCUCGUCUCUUGAACCACAGGUUUCUGCUCACCCUGACAUAACUGUAGGUGAAGAACCGAUGGGAUCACUAUCCUCGUCUCUUGAACCACAGGUUUCUGCUCACCCUGACAAAACUGUAGGUGAAGAACCGAUGGGAUCACUAUCCUCGUCUCUUGAACCACAGGUUUCUGCUCACCCUGACAACACUGUAGGUGAGGAACCGAUGGGAUCACUAUCCUCGUCUCUUGAACCACAGGUUUCUGCUCACCCUGACAACACUGUACGUGAGGAACCGAUGGGAUCACUAUGCUCGUCUCUUGAACCACAGGUUUCUGCUCACCCUGACAUAACUGUAGGUGAAGAACCGAUGGGAUCACUAUCCUCGUCUCUUGAACCACAGGUUUCUGCUCACCCUGACAAAACUGUAGGUGAAGAACCGAUGGGAUCACUAUCCUCGUCUCUUGAACCACAGGUUUCUGCUCACCCUGACAAAACUGUAGGUGAAGAACCGAUGGGAUCACUAUCCUCGUCUCUUGAACCACAGGUUUCUGCUCACCCUGACAACACUGUAGGUGAGGAACCGAUGGGAUCACUAUGCUCGUCUCUUGGACCACAGAAAUGCAACCAUGUUGUACUGCGCUCAUCAUUUUCAAGCAUUGAAAAAUGCACACAUUGCUUGGGACCUUUUGUUGCCCUCAAGUGGAAUGGUCUGAAAUGUAAAGACUGUUCUUCAAUAUGGCACAACAUCUGCUAUGAAAAGAUCCAGAGGACUGAUUUUUCACCAUCUUCAUGGGUUUCUGACGAAUCAUCUUCAGCUGAUGAUCUUUCAGACAAAGAAUACAUACCUGACUCUGUCAGUUACUCAGAAAGUUCAGUGGAACUCUCAAUAGAUGAUUCAAAUCAUUUCAAAAGGACUAUUCUUGAUCCUUGUUUCAGUGCAUCUUUGCCAGACUGUCAAAAGAGUGAUGGUGCAGAGAAUGACUUGGCUGAAGGUCUUAUUUCUGAAAGUGAAGACCGUGCCAAAAAGGUUGUUCAGAAACAGAUGAAAAGGUCUUCUAAAAAUAAAAAAACUGUUGACGUUCAAACUGAAGGGAGACCUGUGGAGCCACUCACCAGAUCUGAAGCUGUUGAAAGCAUCCAGUCUACAAGUAUAUCAUCAUCAAGAGAUAAAAAAAACUACUGCUUUGUUUGUGGCAAGCCCCAGUCUAAGAUUGCUCGACACUUAAAAGUCCAUGAGAAGACAAAUGCUGAAGUCGCUCAAGCUUUGGCACAACCAAAAGCCUCAAAACUGCGGAAAAAAAUACUAGGACAGUUGCGAAAUAAGGGGAACUCUACUCACAAUAAAGAGGUUUACAAAAGUGGCAGUGGACUGCUAAAAAUCAAACGUAAACCCAAGCUGAAGUAUAACAUAAACCAGUAUGUUCACUGCAUGUUUUGCCAGGGAUUGUACCUUCGGAAUCACCUUUGGCGGCAUGCUCGUAAAUGUAAAUCCAAACCAAGAACAACUGAUGAGACAGGACCAAAAAGGGUUUUGAGCUUGGCCUUAAUGGUGGAUUCUGGACUAUGUCAACAAAUAUCCCAAGGUGUUUUUAAGCUCCUAACAGUGAUGAAAGAUGAUGAAGUGUCUGCUGCAGUGCGAAGUGACUUUUACAUUCUACAGCUUGCACAAUCAUUUUUCAAUAAACAUGGUCAAGAUCCCUCCAAGCAUGAAUAUAUUCGACAAAAAAUUCGUGAAGUUGGAAGGCUUCUGCUAAUCCUCCGGAAUGAGUUUUCUAUAUACAACAUUGAAGAUGCUGUCAGGCCCUCAAACUUCCAUGUACUUGUUCAAGCAGUCAAGAGAGUAUCUGGCUUUGAUGAAGACAGUCAUUCAUAUAAAACUCCUAGCCUUGCUCUUUAGGACACUUUCGUUGCACAAGAUCAGUGACCUUAUAUGCUGCACAGCUUUAGUAUCAGGGAAUGAUGAGCUUAAAAAGUCAUGUCAGGCUUUCAAAACACUUUAUUUAUCAAAGUGGUCAGAACUUGUCUCUCACACAGCUUUAACAACCUUGAGUGACAAGCGCUUUAACAAGCCUUCCACGCUUCCUUUCACUGAGGAUGUUCAGCAUCUUCACCAGCAUUUGGAAAAGGUUGCAAAUUUAGCAUCUGACACUUUGAAAAGUGAUCCGUCACCACAAGCCUAUAGGGAACUGUGCAGAACUACAUUGGCAAAAAUCAUUUUGUUCAACCGAAGACGAGGUGGAGAGGUUUCUAAAAUGCAGCUGUCUUCCUUUCUAGAGAGGGACACCACUCCCUUGCAUAAAGAUGUUGCAGUUGGUCUUACAGAGUUUGAACGACAACUUUGUGCCCAUUUCAGCAGGGUAGAAAUAAAGGGGAAAAGGGGCCGAAAAGUUGCUGUGCUUUUAUCACCAGACAUGGUUGAAGCCAUCAUCCAGCUCAUUAGCAGAAGAAGGGAGUGUGGAGUGCCAGACAAAAACACCUUUCUUUUUGCUAGACCCAACUGUCUAACCCCUUACAGAGGACAAGACUGUCUGAGGGUUUAUGCAAAUGACAGUGGUGCCCAAAACCCUGAACUUUUAAGAUCAACACAACUUCGCAAGCAUGUUGCAACAUUGUCCCAAGUGUUAAACCUGCGAAAUCACGAACUGGACCAAGUUGCAGACUUUCUGGGACAUGAUAUACGUGUUCAUAGAGAGUAUUACAGGCUACCAGAGGCUACGACUCAACUGGCAAAAAUUUCUAAAUUGCUUCUGGCAAUGGAAAGGGGGACUUUGGCAAAUCUGCAAGGCAAAACACUGGAGGAGAUUGAAAUUGAAGAUGAGUUGGAACUGACUGACACUGAAAGUGGACAAAGUGAGGUUGAUUGUGACCCAUCCCCACUUGUAAAUGAUACUCAAUGCUCUACAAAUCAAGAAUCUAAUGAAUCUUCUGGUGAUGGUUUAGGAGAAGAGACAUCACAAGGGAGAACAUCCUCUAUGCCAUCUGCUGAGAAGCCUUCAGGCACAGCAAAAGAUAUGACUACCUUAACAACCCUCACCCCACCUCACGGAUGCAGAAAACCUCAAUCUCCUGUUGAAUUACCUGGGACCUCUUCUGGAAAGGGAACGGAGAUUAUUGCACCACCAACUGAAAAACCCCCAGAACCACAAGAUGAUUAUCCUGAAAAGGACCAUCCUCAGAGAAAUCAAAAACGGCCCUGGUCUCCUACAGAAAUUGCAGCGGUGUUGAAACAUUUUCAGAAACACAUUGACACUGGGAAGCUGGCAAGUUUUGUUGAAAUUCAACAGUGUCAACAGGCAGAACAUCCUGCUUUAAUAAAUCGCUCACUUCGGAACAUAAGAGACUUUGUUAGAAAUCGUGGUGUGUCCAAAAAGAAAAAAGAAAAA